UAUGGCCAAAAAUAAUCGUAAAAUUUCUUUUUUCAAUGGUUAUACAUAGUGGGAAAUCUCUUGAUUCCUUAUAAAAGAGAUGAGAAUUUCACUUGUCACUUAAGUUCUCUUAAUCGCGUCUUAAAGUUGCGGUAAUUAUGGCCGUGUCGGUGUUAAAUAUAUAUAAGCUGAUGUUUCUACCAAUGGUAUUCCACCUAGAAUAUUGCCAGGCCUUAGAUUUCGGAAUUCAGCAGUAUUACAAAAAUGACUUACCGCAGGAUCAACAGCAUAAUAAUGAACCUACAAAUUACCCAAGGUACCAUUUUGAAUAUGGAGUAAAAGACCCCGAUUCCGGAGAUAUUAAGGAACAAUCCGAAAUGAGAGACGGAGACACGGUUAGAGGCGAGUAUUCGAUGGUAGAACCAGAUGGUACCAUACGAACAGUUCAGUACCAUGAUGACGGAGUAUCCGGAUUUAAUGCUAUUGUUACCAAAUCUGGUGAAGCAGUUCAUCCACCCACAAAAUUAAAAAUUCCGGAAGAGUCCCGACAAUCAUCGGCUUAUCGUCGACGAUAAUCAAUGAAUUUCGUAUCGACGACGUAUAAUUUUCGCAUACAAAUUACCUUACUGUUCUUCCUUAUUGCAGUUAAAAGGAAAACGCUUACAUGGUGUAAUUAUUUAUUUAUUUUUUAGAAAAUGUAUUAAGUCUUUAUGUAUCCAGGAUGUACUUCCAUACAAAAUUACAGAUAAAACAUUUCAUCGCGUACGUCUAUAGGUUAGAUGCGCUUCUGGUUAUACAGGAAAUAAAUUGCAACUUUGCUAUUAUCAAUAGAUGUUGUUGCAUAUUAGGAUUCUAUAGGAAAUUUAUAGAAUUUUGAUGAGUCCUAUGAUAUAAUUCAAAUAAGUAGUUUUUGAGAUAUAUGAGGUCAAAAAUUUGGUUUCAAGCUAAAGCUAGUUAACCAGCAAAGAAACCAUUAUGUCACUUUUCUACUUAAACUUUUCGAGCUCCAUCCAAUGGCACAUUUUCAAAUAUUUUUUACACUGGACCACCAUUUUUAGAAGAAUUCUUGAUUUACACUUUGUUUAUAUCUUGAGGUUUCAAUAUAGUAUUUGAAUCUGAUGAGAGUUUAUGUAGAGUCAGACAUAUUAAUAUACAGGGAUGUCAUAAUAAAAAUAACGAAGAUGAGUAAAGACUCAUCCAUAAUUUCUAAAAUCAGUGUAUGAAAUUCCUUGUAAAAUUAAUUAAUUAAUUUUACAGUUAAACUCACUGACAAUCAGGUUCAAAACUAAUUGAAUAAAUAUUAAAACUCCAUUGAAUAAUUAGGAAAAUUUUAGUUCAUUUCACUAAAAUACGCUGUAGAUAAUCAUAUAUUUAAAUCCUGUGCCAAUUUUCAAAUAAGUUGAUGAUACGUUGCACUUUAGACAAAAAAUUACCGAGAUAAACGGAGAGUUGUAUAUUAAUUUUAAAAUUAAAUUUGACAUUUUUAGUAAUUAUUUACAUCUAUUCUCUGAUUUUCGUCAAGAAGCACUGCCUAUAUUAUGUGCA